CUGGAAUACGUGCGCGGUGCAGCAGUCUGUUGUAGUAACCAGCAGUAAUCAACAACCAUGUAUCAUCUGAAGACGAUCGCCAAGAAUGCCACCAUCAAGCAGGAGGUGGCCACCCUGGUCAAGGCUGUGGCGGCCGUUCAGCAGCCGUCGAUGGUGGUGAACCAGCAGCAGCCCAAGCGCACCUACGCCGAGCACCAAAUCCCGGAACGUCUGAAGGACGUGUCCACCGCCGCCAAUCCUCGCUUCUUUGACAUGGUCGAGUACUUCUUCCACCGUGCGUGCCAGAUCUGCGAGGACAAGCUGGUGGAGGACAUGAAGGGCCGCGCCUCGAUGGACGAGAAGAAGAAGAAGGUGAAGGGUAUUCUGAUGCUGAUGCAGCCGUGCGAUCAUAUCAUCGAGAUUGCAUUCCCGCUGCGACGCGAUUCCGGCGACUAUGAGAUGAUCACUGGGUACCGUGCCCAGCACUGCACUCACCGUACGCCGACCAAGGGCGGUAUCCGUUUCUCGCUGGAUGUGUCGCGUGAUGAAGUGAAAGCCCUGUCCGCGCUGAUGACGUUCAAGUGCGCCUGUGUGGAUGUACCGUUCGGUGGCGCAAAGGCCGGCGUUAAGAUCGAUCCGCGCAAGUACUCAGAGCAUGAAUUGGAGAAGAUUACCCGUCGUUUCGCACUGGAACUGUCGAAGAAGGGCUUCAUUGGCCCGGGCAUUGAUGUGCCGGCACCCGAUAUGGGAACGGGCGAGCGUGAGAUGUCGUGGAUUGCCGACACAUACGCCAAGACGAUCGGACACUUGGACAUCAAUGCGCACGCGUGCGUUACCGGCAAACCAAUCAAUCAGGGCGGUAUUCAUGGACGUGUGUCGGCCACCGGCCGUGGUGUUUUCCAUGGACUAGAUAACUUCAUCAAGGAGGCAAACUAUAUGGCCCAAAUCGGUACGACUCCAGGCUGGGGUGGCAAGACCUUCAUCGUGCAGGGUUUCGGUAAUGUCGGUCUGCACUCGUGCCGUUACCUUACGCGUGCCGGAGCCACCUGUAUCGGUGUUAUUGAGCACGACGGUUCGAUCUUCAAUCCACAAGGUAUCGACCCGAAGGCUCUGGAAGAUUACAAGAACGAGAAGGGCACGAUCGUUGGCUUCCCGGGCGCUCAGCCGUACGAGGGCGAAAAUCUUAUGUACGAACAAUGCGACAUUUUCAUUCCGGCUGCCGUUGAGAAGGUCAUCACCGCUGACAAUGCUGGUAAAAUUAAUGCCAAGAUCAUUGCUGAAGCUGCCAACGGACCGACCACACCAGCUGCCGACAAGAUCCUGAUCGAUCGCAACAUCCUCGUGAUUCCGGAUCUGUACAUCAACGCCGGUGGUGUGACGGUUUCGUUCUUUGAAUGGCUCAAGAACCUGAACCACGUCUCGUACGGUCGUCUGACGUUCAAGUACGAGCGUGAAUCGAACUACCAUCUGCUCGCCUCCAUUCAGCAAUCGUUGGAACGAUUCGUAUUUAGCGACGAAGAGACAUCCGUCCAGGAAUCGCUCGAAAAGUAUAUGAGCGCGGAAGACAAAUCUGUACAGGCCUCGUUGGAACGUCGCUUCGGUAAUGUCGGUGGCAAGAUCCCGGUUACACCGUCGGAAGCCUUCCAGAAGCGCAUCUCGGGUGCGUCGGAAAAGGACAUCGUCCACUCCGGUUUGGACUACACGAUGGAACGUUCGGCCCGUGCCAUCAUGAAGACGGCCAUGAAGUACAACCUUGGUUUGGAUUUGCGUUCCGCCGCGUACGUCAACUCGAUCGAAAAGAUCUUCCAAACGUACCGUGACGCUGGUCUCGCUUUCUAA